UAAAUGUCCAAAAUUUAUAUUUGUACAAAAAGCAUUCAAAGUAUGAAGUUUACAUAAAUAAACUAAUAAUAAAUAAAUUUUUACAAAGAAAUCUGUGAAACAAUAAUAAGUACACAAUUAUUUUAAAUAAUAUAAUUUUAACAAAUCUUAAAGCAAUAAACUUAAUCAAAUCACUGAAUAAAAAUAAUAUAUAAAUCCAACCAAGGACUAGAGGAUCUAGGAUCCAAUUUUGUGAGGAGGGGGCUUCAGCCCGAAAGCUUUUUUUUCAUAUAUAUAACGAUAAUUAUUUUAUUUUUUUUAAAUGAAAAAAAUUAACUACCUAUAUGAAAUAGUCUUUAAGUGAUUCUUGAAGUUCUAUUAAAUGUAAUUACACAAACAAUAAUACAUUAAGAGAUAAUUUUUUCUAUAAAACAUGUUUACAUUUUACCAGUUAAGGGGGGAGAGAGGGGAGGGAGGGCUUCAGCCCGAAAGCCUCCCUUAGAUCCAUCUGUGCAACCAAGAAAGAGGAACACGGCAUAAAUAAACAAUAUUAUUAUUUAAUUUUAAUUAAAGCUUUAAUUAAUAAAUAAAAUUGAUAUCUCAAAUAAAAAUGUAUAAUUAAAAUAUCUUUUACUAUUAAAUAAAUUAUUUGGUUAAAUCACAGUUAGCAGUCUAUGUGCUUUCAUCUAUCACAAGUAGAAUAAUACUAGAGUGUUAACUCAUAUUAUUCAACAUUCCUAUUAACUAAUGGAAAUUUUAAAUUAACUUAAAAGUUAUUUAUUUUUUCAAUAAUUCAAUUACAAGUAAUUCUUAUUAAGUUUCUAAAUGUUCUAACAAUCCGUUACAGGCUUAUAUUGAUUACUAAAAUUAUUCAACUUCUUCUAUUGUUGGACCAGAGUCAUCUUCUCCAUAAUUCCUGGACCCCCUUCCAUGUAGCUUGGACAUAAAAGGUGUACAUUCCCUUUGUAGUUGAAGAUAUUUUUCUUGAUAUUCAUCUUUGUCAGCUAGGGUAUUAUUUUCUAACCAUUUUAGACCUUCUUGACAUUUCUUGAGUAUUUUCUGCUUUUCAGAAUCAUUUAGUUUUCUUCCUGACUCUUCUGUCGCCUGUUUUACACUAUAUACAUAAUUUUCAAAUUUGUUUCGGGCAGCAAUCCUUUCUCGUUGAAUAUCAUCUUCUGCUUUGUACUUUUCUGCAUCCUGUACCAUUCGAUCAAUUUCAGACUUUGAUAGACGACCUUUAUUAUUUUCAAUUUUUAUGUUUCUAGAUUUCCCAGUGCUCUUGUCUUUAGCAGAAACAUUAAGUAUUCCAUUAGCAUCUAUAUCAAAUGUGACUUCAAUUUGAGGAACUCCUCUAGGAGCUGGAGGAAUUCCCGAUAAAUCAAAUGUUCCUAAAAGAUUGUUAUCUUUGGUCAAUACCCUUUCACCUUCAAAAACCUGAACAGUUACAGCUGGCUGAUUAUCAGAAUAUGUAGUGAACAUUUGAGUUUGUGUGCAAGGUAUACGGGUAUUUCUUUCUACAAUCUUAGCCAUUACUCCACCAGCCGUUUCAAUUCCAAGAGAAAGAGGAGCAACAUCAACUAAUAAUAUAUCUUGUAUUUUGGAACUACUGUCACCACUGAGUAUAGCACCUUGAACUGCAGCACCAUAAGCAACAGCUUCAUCAGGAUUAAUAGACAUGUUUAAUGCUUUUCCAUUAAAAAAAUUUUGCAGAAGAUGCUGUAUUUUAGGAAUACGAGUUGACCCACCAACUAAUACCACAUCAUGAAUUGAAGCUUUGUCUAGCUUAGCAUCUUGUAGAGCUUUCUCUACAGGAUUGAUGGUCGACCUGAAUAAAUCGGAACAAAGCUCUUCGAACCGUGCUCGACUUAUUUUAGUGUAAAAAUCAACACCAUCAAAAAGAGCAUCAAUUUCUAUUGAAGCUUCUGUACUUGAUGAAAGGGUUCGUUUAGCACGUUCAGCUGCAGUUCUCAGUCUACGAAGAGACCGAGCAUUAUUUUUCAAAUCUUUUUUGUACUUCCUUUUAAAUUCUUCAGCAAGAUGAUUAACGAGCCUACUAUCAAAAUCUUCACCACCUAAAUGAGUAUCACCUGCAGUUGCUUUCACUUCGAACAAUGAACCCUCAUCGAUGGCCAGUAAUGAAACAUCAAAUGUACCUCCACCAAGGUCAAAUAUCAAUACAUUUCUUUCGCCUUUAAGAUUUUUAUCAAGUCCAUAUGCCAGAGCAGCUGCAGUAGGUUCAUUUAUAAUUCUCAUGACAUUCAAGCCUGCUAUGGCUCCAGCAUCUUUAGUUGCCUGCCUUUGUGAAUCAUUAAAAUAAGCAGGAACAGUUAUCACAGCAUUUUUUACUUUAGAACCUAGGUAUGCCUCAGCAGUUUCUUUCAUUUUUGUUAAAACCAUGGAGCUGAUUUCUUCAGGUGUAAAACGCUUAAUUUCCCCUUUAUAUUCCACUUGAAUUUUAGGUUUAGAUUUAUCAUUUACUACUUUAAAAGGCCAAUGUUUUAAAUCACCUUGUAUUUUAGGAUCAUCAUAUUUGCGGCCUAUUAACCUCUUAGCAUCAAAAACAGUGUUUUGAGGAUUCAUGGCCACUUGAUUUUUAGCAGCAUUUCCAAUCAAUCUUUCAGUAUCAGUGAAUGCAACAUAACUUGGUGUAGUUCUAUUACCUUGAUCAUUAGCAAUUAUUUCUACUUUCCCAUGCUGCCAAACACCAACACAGGAAUAUGUAGUUCCCAAGUCAAUUCCGACUGCUACCAUUAUUAAAGUUAAAGUAAAUCAAUCAACAAUAUUAAGUAGGAAAUUGCAACGAGAAGCGACUUCGAUCAAACGAGGAGUGUUACUGCGCGUAACCAAGUGACCUUAAAUUUAAAUAUACUCUCCCACGGUCUGGAAGUUUCUAGACAAUAAUAGCCCACACCCAUUGGCCAGUAAUCAGCAAAGUUGCCUGUACAUCACGGCAAUGAGAACAGCCUAGUACCAUCUUAAAAUUUGUAUAUAUUAAAAUAUUUAGAAACAUUUUAUCAAUCCUUGACUUCUUUUCUACGAACCACCUUUAAGGAAAAUUAUUAAGUUCUGAACAUAUCAAUGGAACUUUAUUUAAAUCACUUUCAAUUUUCUCUAAUAGAAUAAAUGUUCCUAUUCACAAAAAAACAAAACCAGGAGGAAACUAAAAUUCCAUCAGUUCUAUUUCUUGCUAUCAAUUCCUCUUAGCAAUGUUAUUUACAUUAAAAAAAAAAUAAAAAUAUUUUACGCGUAUAUUUCUUUAUAAAAAACGAAAAUAAAAUAUGAAAGCAAUUCUGGAUUAUUUUAAUGAAACGUCAAAUUAAUUGAACGAUUGACCUGUUCUUCAAUGAUUAAAUAAAAUUAAAAUAUGAAAACUAGUUUCAUAACACGAAAGCUGAAAAUUUAAUUUUUAAUAAAAGAAUUUUUAAAUAUUUUUAUUAGAAGAUAUUUUCAUAUUUUUUCUUUGUUUCUUCUAUCGAUUCAAUAUAAUAAUCGAUUGAACCAUUUUUGGCACAAAACGUGUUGAGGUUUUGGUUUACGGGAAGGUAAUCCUAUAAACAGUGCAUUGUGUCAAAACUUCUUUUCUUAUUUUUUAAUACCUACUGUGAUAAUGUUAGUUUAAACACCAUCAUGUCUAUAUUUAAAAAAACUAAUGUGAAGAUCUUCGCUAAACCUACUCAGAAAACAACACCAGAUACUUUAUAUUGGAGAAAACUUGGGGCUCCAGUUUUGCUGAAAGAAUUUGGCCCUAUUGAUUAUAUAGAUUUUUCUCCCGUUGAACCACAUUUUUUUGCAGUUUCAAGUUCAGCCAAGGUUCAAAUUUAUAAUCCUGUCACUAAACUUGUUCAUAAAACAUUGAGUAAAUUUGUAGAAAAUGCAUACGGUGGUUCAUACAGGUCUGAUGGUCAGUUAUUAUGUGCAGGAAGUGAAGAUAGCAAUGUAAAAAUAUUUGAUGUCAACACUAAAUCAUUGUUAAGGGUAUUUAAAGGGCAUAAAAGUGGUGUUCAUCGAUCAUAUUUUACAUCUGAUAACAAAAGUAUUGCAAGUUUCUCAGAUGACAAAACUGUUAAAAUUUGGGAUGUUGCAUCCGAAUCUGAAACAAUUGAAUUUUCAUCUCAUGAGGAUUAUGUGAGGGCUGGUGCUGUAUCUCCAGUUUCACCAACCAUUGUAUUGUCUGGUUCGUACGACCGAAAAGUUAGGCUUUUCGAUUCUCGUACUAAUGCAGAAGCUGUUUUUACCUUAGAUCAUGGAUAUCCUGUUGAAAGUGUUCUUUUCCUUCCAUCUGGUGGAAUAUUACUGUCUGCAGGUGGAACAGAAAUAAGAGUAUGGGAUGCUCUUGCUGGAGGAAGAUUGUUAGCUAGAGUUUCUCAACAUCAUAAAACUAUCACAUGCCUUGGCUUAGCUUCAAGCGGGAGUCGCCUUGUUUCUGGUUCCUUGGACAGGCAUGUAAAAAUAUACGAUGUUUCGACGUAUAAAGCUGUUUAUAACUUGGACUAUCCAAAUGCUAUCCUUAGCCUGGGUGUCAGUCCUGAUGAUGAAACAGUUGCUGUAGGGACUGUCGAUGGUAUUGUUUCUGUGAAAAGGAGAGAGAUAGAAAACGUUGAGAAUGAAGAAGUCAAACCAAAGAAAAAAAGUAAAGGUUCUUAUCGUUACUUCAGUGAUAAAUUCACUCCUGCACAGAAUGUGGACAUUGUGAUUAAAAAAGAUUCAAAACAAGUGCAGUCAAGAUACGAUAAAUGUCUUAGAAAGUUUCAGUAUUCCAAAGCAUUGGAUUCUGUGCUUGCACCAUAUGUAAUGAACAAAACGCCUCACGUUACAGUAUCCUUAUUACAAGAAUUGAUCAGGAGAAAAGGGCUUGAGAAUGCACUUGUAUCCAGAGAAGACAAGAGUAUCGGUGUUCUCAUACGUUUCUUGUUAAGGCAUAUCGGUGAUUACAGAUUUACAGCUACUCUUAUUGAUGUGUCCAACAUUUUAUUAGAUGUUUAUGAAAAAAGAUUAGAUAGUGCAUCCAUAGAAGUUCUGGAACUUAUGAAAAAGUUAGCCAAAAGAAUAAAAGAAGAAGAAGAACUUACUCUAGAGUUAGUCAGUCUUGGUGGUGCAAUAAGAAUGAUAUUAGCCGCCUCAAAUGUCGGUGAAAAACAUGAAAAAUCUUCUUUACCAGCUCUAACGCCUUCUAAUUCAGCACAAAAAAAUAUUGUUGUAAAUGUUUCUUGAAAUAUAUAAUUUUUAUUAUUUGUUUAUUUUAUUAAA